CAAAGAUCAGCCACUGCCCAGGCCUAGUAUAGACCAACUGCCCUGCAGAUCCCCUCACAGCAGAGCACCGUGUGCAGGACAUGGCCACUGACAGGAUCCCACGGAAGGUGGGGGUGGUGGGCUAUGGCCGCCUAGGACAGUCCCUUGUGUCCCGCCUUCUGGCUCAGGGAUCAGAACUGGGUCUAGAACUUGUUUUUGUGUGGAACCGUAACCCUGGACAUAUGGUCGGGAGCGUGCCCCCUGCCCUGCAGCUCCAGGACCUCGAUACCCUUGAGGGAAGGCACCCUGACCUUGUGAUAGAAGUGGCCCAUCCCAAAAUAAUCCAUGAAUCUGGGGCACAAAUUCUGCGCCAUGCUGACCUCCUGGUGGGGUCUCCCUCAGCCCUGGCUGACCAGACCACAGAGCAGCAGCUCCUGGAGGCUUCACACCGCUGGGGUCAUGCUGUGUUUGUGGCCCGAGGAGCCCUGUGGGGGACAGAGGAUAUCAACAGACUGGAUGCCUUAGGAGGCCUCCAGAGCCUUCGAGUCACCAUGGCCACACACCCAGAUGGCUUCCGCCUCGAGGGACCCCUGGCCGCAGCCCCAGUGGGUGGAUCCCGAACUGUGCUCUAUGAGGGUCCUGUGCGUGGGCUCUGCCCUUUGGCCCCCCGAAACUCCAACACCAUGGCAGCUGCCGCUCUGGCGGCUCCCAGUUUGGGCUUUGACAGCGUCGUUGGGGUGCUUGUGGCCGACCUCAGCCUCACAGACAUGCACGUGGUGGACGUGGAGCUGACAGGCCCUCCUGGGCCCACAGGCCGCAGCUUUGCGGUGCAUACACACAGAGAGAACCCGGCCCAGCCCGGCGCUGUCACUGGUUCUGCGACUGUGGCAGCCUUCUGGCGUAGCCUCCUGGGUGCGGGCAGUCCCCCAAGUGGGAGGGGGGCUUAAGAGGAGGGCUGCUGCCAGCUCCCCUCCAGGCCUGGGAUCCACCUCUGCUGACAAGCCUGCUCCCGCACUGCCCCACUGUCACCCAUGGCCACC